CUCUGCACACCAAUUCCAAAGCCUCACAUCGCCUCAAACUGUUAUCUUUAAUUUUUUUUUAUUAUUAAUUUUGUUAAGGUUCUUUCUCAAUCACAUGUUAUAUCAAAACACAGUAUGCCCAUCUCCGAAAUCAUUACAUCUUCUUCAUCUCCAGAUACACAGUAUGAUGAUGAGUCCCCAUCUGUGAGGAGAAGAAUUCAGUUGGUAUCCAAAUCAGUGUCGGAGAAACUGCUAACGAAGUUUUGUGAUUAUUCAGAAUUCAACUUCGAUUACUCGCAGAGUGGGAUAUGGUCUCCUCCGAUUGAGAGAAGCGUGUUUAUGAGUUCACCGGGGAAGAUACUGGGUCAACAUGAAUUGCUGGCCAAGCUUAGACGAGUUUUGGAAGCUCGAAAGCGUACAAGACGAUACAGACUUUCUUUACAUGCAUGUUUGUGUUCUCCAAAGAGAAACUGAAGGAUCAUCUCUAAAGUGCGACUCGGAAUGCAAAUAGUUAAUUGUCAGAAGAAUACACGAGAUUUAUUAGCCAAUUCAUUUAUUAGCCCAUUCAUUUGCAUGAGUAUUGACAGGAGGCUACACAUUUGCAUUUGCUAGUUUUUGCUCGAUGUUGUAAUUGUCCGUCCUAACAAUGGACCUUGCAAUUAUUGUGGAGUGAGAAUUGAACCCUCGAAAAUACAAAUCACAUAUACUUAGUACAUUCCCGUUCUAGCUUGGAGGGAGAAUUAUAGUAAUUAAUGAGUUGAUUACUUUUUUUCUCUUAGUUAAUUACUAGCUAGCUAGCUCGACAAGCCUGUAGUAAGUACGUACAUAUGUAAUGAUGUAUAGAGAGCUAGUAGUUAUAGGAUGAUCAUUUGAAUUGACACGACAUUUAACAAUAAUCUGUGAACAUUGUCGCAUAUAGUUAUUUCA